AUGUCCACACAAACAGAUAUAUUGAUCACAUAUCAACUAACUUCUAAUACCAUUGAAUCUUUAAAAUCUGUCGAUGAAUCCGAAUAUUGGAAACGAAAACUCAUUGAAUUGUUAUUAACAAGAUCAAUCCACAUUUUCCCCAAUGAUGAAAACUCUACACAAACAGUUUACGACCAAAUCUCAAACAAUAGGAUCUCCAUUUUUGGACAAAAAGACCAUCCUGGUAAACGAGGUAUUCAAACUAAAAGCUAUACAAUUUCAGGAUCAGUAUUGUUGACAAUUAAUCCCUUGGCGGCUUAUUAUCAUGAUCGUGCAAAACAGCCAGAAUUUAUUGUAAAAUUUGAAACAGUUCUACAUCCUUACAUUACAAACUAUAUAAAGACAUUAAAUCAAUAUGAAAAGGGAUUAACUUAUCUCAUUAUUAGAGUUUUUCUUGCAUAUCUAUUUGAUGAUGAUUUUCAUAGAAAAAUUCCUAACUUGUGUACACAUCAGAAGGAAAUCAGAUUUGAUAUGGGAAAACGUCAUUUUUCUGAUAAACUCAAGACCGGAAUUGUAUCUAGUAUUAAAGACUUUUUGAUGGAUCAUGAAAUUGGACUUACCUUGUUUAAGAAAAACCUCAUCAAAGUAUCAAAGAAAAAUUGGAAGUUUAUUGAUGAUUUGAUUACCAUAGUGUUUAUUAACUACUUUACUUUAUUCAAUUAUCAAAGACAAGAACUAGGAAUCGCCCUAGAUCCGGAUUUUGCCUUAAUAAAUCAUAGCUGUAUUCCAAAUUGUUGUCAAAUCACCAAUGAUUGUAAUGAGUUCCAAAUUGUCAGUACAUUGCCAAUAAACAAUGGAGAAGAAUUAACUGUGACAUAUGUCACAUUAGGAAUGCCACGAGAAAUUCGACAGUUUGAAUUAUUCUCCCAAUUCUACUUCCGAUGUCUGUGUAGUCUAUGUGUGCUUGACUAUGAUCCAUUUUUCUGUAUCCAAUGCAAUAAAUGUGGCAAUAAAGUGAAAUCACCAUCUUUCAAACUAAUUUUAACGUCACCAAAUUUGAUCAUGAGACAACAUUUGUGUACUAUCUGUUUGAACAAUUUAAAUCAAUCAAUUUACCCCAAAAAUAUCAAAAUACGAAAUUUCUUCAUGUCCUUAGUAAUAUUUUCUAGCAAUGGUUUAUCAUUUAACGAUCAAGAUUAUUAUCGGUAUUUAAGCAAAGAGUUUGUCAGUUAUAUUGAAAGAUUCACACUGCAGGAAUUAAUCAGAAUGUUAGUUGAUGGUAUGCACCAAUUUGAAAUCCCAGAAACACGCACUAACCUUGUUAAGGAAUUAUUGGAUGUCGUAAUUCAAGAUAAAGCUUUCCCCUUGUACUCAUUCCCAUUUAGUAUUAUUAUUCGAGAACUAGACUUGGCAGAUAGUAACAAAGAUGUCAAAUCUCUGAAGGGCGCAAUUGGUAGAUUAAGAAUCAAAUUACAACGACUAUUUGGAGUGGAUAUUCCUUCAGACUUGUCAUCAAUGUUGGCAUUUGACAAUUGUUUGUUUUUCGAUGUGGCUGAACUUUUAUUUGAAAUUAUAAGGUUCAUCAUUAACUCAGAUCUCGAACCAAAAACUGAUUCUAUAUUAGGUUUGUUUAAUGGGAACAGUUUGGGUGUAUUUUGUCAAUGUGCCUUUUUUUUUUACAAACAAGUAAAAUCAAUCUUCACGGUAGAAGAAAUAGAAGAUAAGUUGAUUAAAAUAAUGGAGAUUUAUGAUUCGUGGGUGUUGAAUCAUAAACUUACAUUAUCAGAAUGUUUGAAGUUUAUAUUUGACCUUGCUAAACUAAACAAUAUUGUUAUUAAUGACGAUAAAAUCUCUGUGAAAGAUGCCAUGGGUAAUUUUGUUCAUUUUAGAAUGGAUAGAGAUGAUUUUAUAUGA